AUGUUUGAUUCUCGUUCUAGUAUUAUUAUUCCCAUCUUUUAUGACAUUCAACCUUCAGACCUUCGCCAUGUUAACCAAGGAGCAUAUGCCGGAGCCUUUCAACAACACAGAGAGAAGGGCAGGGCUACCAUACAACAACUGGACAGCUGGAUAAGUGCCCUCAAUAAAGUGUCUGCCAUUUCUGGCGUGGUGAUCAGCACAGAGGAAGAUGACCUUGGAGAGCGUCUGGAAGAAAUUGUGGAGAUUAUAUUAAAAGAAGUCAGAAGGGAAGAUCUGGAUGUGGGUAAAUACCCUGUGGGUCCUGGGACUCCGUCAAUCGGCAGAGCAUUUCGAAAGGGAGUACUUGGUGCAUCAGGCAAAUCAAAUCUGGCUAUUCAUCUCUACAAUUCCAAGCGUUCUCAAUUCCAGAGAUGUUGUUUCUUGUCUCAGGUGAGUAAAACCGAUUUACGCGCUCUGCAGCAAACUCUGCUUAGGGAUCUUCUCUGUGAUCAGAAAUUGGGUUUUCAGGACACGCUUAGAGGGAGGAGCAUGCUUCGAGAUCGUCUACGAGGGUUGAAACGUGUUUUGAUUGUUUUUGAUGAUAUGGCUAAUACAGAGCAAGUAGAGAACUUGUUAUUUGUGAAGGAUGUUGUUGGAAAUGGCAGUCUGCUUUUGGUGACAUCUGAGACCAAACUUUAUUCAGAAAAUGUCCAAGAGCUCUUCUAUUGGCACGCUUUCGGGCACUCUGAACCAGUAGACGAUUUGCAAAAUAUGGUUGAAGAGUUGGUUGGUAUGUGUAGUGGGUUUCCAUUGGCUUUGAAAGUUUUAGCGGGGCAGCUCCACAGAGAACAUGAUCCAGGGAAAUGGAAGAAGGAAUUGGAAAGUCUACGGAAACAACUGCAGAAAACGGUUCGAGGAGGAAUUCGUAGAGAUGACGAGAAUUGCCUGAAGUGGAACGGAUUCACUCUCAAAGAUACUGCAGGGAAAACGGCAUGGCACCCAUUCUUACAAGCUACACGUCGCACCCUGGAUGAUUGUAAAUGGCUCAACCGAGACGAUGAUGAUCAGUUGCCAUAUGAAUAUAUAUACGGAUUAAAACUUCUGGCGUUGCUGCAUAAUUCCCCUCUUCUUCAGCGAUUGAAUAUUGUGUCCAGAGAUUUGAUAUGGUUGCGCUUGCGUCGAUCCAAGGAAACUUCUACUCCUAUCCUUUCACGGAGAGGUAUAAACAAUCUCAUUCCAGCUUCUACUAUCCCUCUUUUACAUCUGCAAGAAUUGACAGUCACGUGCACAAGUGACUCUCAGAUGUACAAUCCAUGGACGGCUGGCCCUUCAACAGCUGGUUUCAGAAAACUGAAGUUAGCCUCCAAGAUUUCAGGCUCACUGCGACCUCCAAUUCCUUCAAAAGCCGUUUCCACUAAACUGUCUUCAGUAUCAAAUGCUCCUGAUUUAUUUCAGAGUCAAAUAAAUAUUGGACACUGGCUUUGGGAGUGGAAGCUCAUUCUCAGAAAUUUGGGAAAAAUCUCCACGCUUGAGUACCUCGACUGUGAGGGUUGCUCUAUGCUCAAUGAAUUGCCAGAGGGAAUGGAGGCUCAAAAGUCCUUACAGCAUUUAAAUGUUCUCUAUACUGAGCUGACGAAAUUCCCUCAGGAUCUGGAACAGCUGGAAAAUCUGAAGGAACUACUUAUAGGGAGCUCAAAAUUGGUAGAGUUACCAUCUUCUCUAUAUACUUUGAGCAGAUUAACAGGCUUGACCCUGUUAGGAUGCACAAAACGAUUUUAUAUUGACAACUCUAUUGAAAAGUUAGUGCAUUUGGAAAGGGCUAGAAUAUAUAAUUGCGGACUCAAAGCAUUACCAGAAAGAAUUGCGUGGAUGAAUAUGAAAAUUUUGGAUGUUUAA